GUUACGCCACUCGGACACACCAGGCAGCAGGAAGGUUCGCAGAGAGUCCAGUCCUCCUCUUCGGACCUCGUAGACCUCCUUAACGGUAACUUGAUUCUUUUAAUUCUGAAUUAGUUUAUUUUGAGUUUUCUUGUUUUUGGUAGCACUCGAAGGGAGUUUUUUGGGGAGCCCUGAGGCCUGAGACUUUGCUGCUGGACGGGAUUUGGUUUUUGCGGUGGCCUUCGUGGGGAAUUUGUCCGCAUCUGGAUCUGGUUCCCAGCAAAGUGGGAGGAGCCAAGCGUUGGUCUGUGAUGUCACUUUGGAUCAAAGAGUCUACAAAAAGUGCUGUGAGCUGCCCUCACGGCCAAGGCCCAAAGGGUUGCCGUCUGUGACAUCACACCGGGCUGCCAUCACUCUGACCCCGCCCCCACACACCCUACAACCCCGCCCACCAAAAACCACACAAACAUGGCGCUGUCAUCACGCUUAAAACUUUGGGAGAAGAAGAUUCAGGAGGAGAAUCAACCAGUGGUGGCCCUGGUACCACCGCCGCCCCUCUCAGCCCUCCCGGGCGGCUUCCUCAAGCAGCUGGUCCGAGACUCCGAGAAGGAAACCAAACAAAAAGAGCCUGACGUCAAAGACGAGAAACCACCAAGCAAACUUAGCGACGACUUGGUGCAACAGUUCCUGCUUCCGGAUCAGACUCCACCCAUCCUGGAAGCGGAGAUGUUGCUGCGAGCUGAAAAGCAUGGCGACGCCCCUGUCUCCGCCCACUCACCCCGCCCACCGUCGUCCCAGAGGAGCGCCGCUCUCCCCAGGAAGACGGAAACCCGACGGGAGGUCAUGCCGGAGCCGCAAACCAGGGGCACGCGUGAGAACGAGGGGGCGGAGGUAAGCCUGUGGGAGGAGGAGCAAGUGAAGACAAAGGAAAAAACUGAGGAACGUCAGGAACCUGAAGGAAGACUAGCAUAUGCCACCGUGACCGAAUGUGACAGGGAGAAGGUGAAGGACGUGUGGUACGAGGCGGGAACUGUUUGGUACGUGCAGAAGGACGGAUUCACGCUGGCCACUCAGCUGAAGCCCGACGAAGGGACACCCGACCUUCCCCAAGGCCACGUGAGACUCCGCCUCCACACCGACGGCUCGCUGCUUGACGUUGCAGAAGACCACGUUGACAAAUGUAACCCCACCCACCUGGACCUGUGCGAGGACCUGAGCGAGCUACCGAGCAUCAACGAGAGCGGCGUCCUGCACGCGCUCAUCAGCCGGUCUAAGGCUAACAUGCCGCUGACGCACGCCGGACCCAACCUCGUCAACCUCUGGCCGCCUCUGCACACUCACAGCAAGACUCCAAAAUCGCGGCGCGGCGAGUCGGGGUGGGACGCUCCAGCCGCUCUGGCCGCCCUGGUCAAGCGGGUAUACGUGUCGAUGGUGGACACCCGGCGGGACCACUGCGUGUGCGCGACUGGACGCAGCGGCACCGGCAAGACGGCCACUUGUCAGGCCUUCACCGUCGCGCUGCUCAAACAAGCCGGAACCGUCGGACCCAACGUGAGCGUGGAUCGCGUGCAGGCCAUGUUUACGGUGUUGAAGUCUUUUGGUUGCGUGACUUCGACGUACAGUGAUGCCUCCUCGCGCUUCGCCAUGCUUUUCUCUUUGGACUUCAACCACGCUGGACGGGCCGCCGCCGGACACCUGCAGACGAUAAUGUUGGACAAAUGGCGAGUUUGUCACACGACGGCAGGAGAAAGCAACUUCCUGGUCUUCUCGCAGAUGCUAGUGGGACUUGGCACAGAGAUGAGGACGGAGCUCGGCCUUCAUCAGUUUCCAGAGCGUCAUUCCUUCGGAAUGGCUCCUCCCACCAAGGUGGAGGAAAAACAGCGAGCCUCCGUCGCCUUUUCCAAGCUGCUGGCUGCCAUGGAAACGCUGGCCUUCAGCGCCAGCGAGCAGAAGUCCAUCUGGCACGUCCUGGCCGGGAUUUACCAUCUAGGAGCUGCUGGGGCCUGCAAAGUGGGGCGGAGGCAGUUUUUGAACUUCGAUAGCGCUCAGGCCGCUAGCAGGGUGCUGGGCUGCGAGGGGGAGGAGCUUCACACGGCCGUCUUCAAGCAUCACUUGAGACAGCUACUGCAGACAGCCACAGGGGGCGGCAGAGAGCGCAACAGCGCCAGCCAGGUCGAAGACGGUCCCAGGUUGACGGCGGCACAGUGCGUAGACGGGAUGGCAUCUGGUCUCUACGAAGAACUUUUCACCACCAUCGUGUCGCUCAUCAACAGAUCUCUGAGCGGCCAGCAGUUGGCGCUGGCGUCGGUGAUGGUGGUAGACCCGCCAGGCCUGAGGAACCCUCGCCACGCGGCGCAGGAACGAGCGGCAAACGUCAGCGAGUUUUGUCACAACUACCUACAAGAACGACUUCUGGAACAUCGAUACGUGCACACGUUCACGCACACUAUGGACAGAUACGCACAGGAGAAAAUUCCGGUGGAGUUCGAGUGUCCGGACGUUAGCCCCGCUGACAUCGUAUCUGCCAUCGACCAGCCGCCUACCCAGGUGCGUGCAGCGGGUGACAGCCCUCGCGGUCUCCUCUGGGCGCUGGACGAGGAGAUGUUAACACCCGCGUCCAGCGAGGGCGUCGCCAUGGAGCGCGUGUGCCGUCACUACAGCAAUACGGUGCGUCAAUGCGAGCAACCUUUGCACUGCGAAGUUCAACACCUGACAGGAAACGACGGCGUCCGCUACGACCUGACGGGAUGGUUCGGCGUGCUCCACAACAACCCGGUGGCGAGCAACGCCGGCGCGCUGCUGCACAGCUCCAACAUAGCGUCGGUGAAGUCCAUGUUCGCCACGAGCGUGCACGUGGCCCCCCUGUGCUGCGGCGUGUGCGGCCUGGAGGGCUCCAGCCAGCGCUCGCUGCAGAGGAGCGGCACCAUCAGGAAGACGCUGAGCGGCGGGGCGGCGGCGCUACGCAGACACUCGCCCUGCAUCGCCGUCAAGCUGCAAGCCGACGCCUUGGUCAACGUGAUCCGCCGCGCCCGUCCUGUCUUCCUGCAGUGCGUCAGCGCCAAGACGGACGCCGCCGGCGCCUUCAACGUGGCCGAGCUCAGAGCGCAACUGAAGGCCGCGCAGACGUUGGCCAUGCUCCGCAUAUACCGCGCAGGUUACCCGGACCACAUGACCCUGAGCGACUUCCGCUACCACUUCCAGGCUUUGUCUCCGCCCAUCAUGAAGCGCUACGCCUCCAUGUUUGUCAGCCACGAUGAGAGGAAGGCGGUGGACGAGCUGCUGGCUGACUUGGACCAGGACCCCAAGAGCAUCGUGGUCGGCACCAGUCGGGUGUUCAUGAAGCGCGGCGUGCUGGCCCACCUGGAGGCUCAGAGGGACCUGCGGGUGACUGGCUGGCUGGUCCACCUUCAGGCGUCCUGCGCGGGUCACCUGGCCAGACACAAGUACCGCACGCUUAAGGUGCAGCACAUGGCGGUGCGUUGCCUGCAGAGGAACCUGCGGGUGCUGCACGGAGUGUCUGAGUGGAGCUGGUGGAAGCUGUUCUGCCGAGUGCGCCCCCUGCUGGACGUCAACAUGGACAACGAGAGGCUGCGCGCCAAAGAGGACGAAGUGUCAGCACUGAGAAGACGUUUGGAAAAGUCCGAAAAAGAACGAAAUGACUUGAGACAAACCGUCGACACCUGCGAGACUAAACUGACGGCGGUGACCUCAGAGCUGAGUGAUGAGCGUUUCCGCGGCGACGCGGUGGGUCAGGCUUUGGAUGUGGAGAGAGCUGAGAGACUGAGGCUCAGCAAGGAGAACAAGGACCUGCAGGCUCGCCUCGACCAGUGCAAGGUUGCAAUGGAGAUGCUGGAGAAAAAUCUGGAGGAGGAACAUCUAAAGCGUCGUACGCUGGAGAGUCUGAAAGUGGCAGGAUCAGAAAUAGGAACAGAAAGCGAGCUGGUUCUGCAGCUGGAGUGUUGCCAGACAGAGGUGGGCUUCCUUCGCCGGCGUCUGCAGCAGACCGAAGAAAAGGCGGAGGUCGAGAGGCACGCUCGGCAACAGCUGGACGCCAAGGCGGCGUCGUUGCAGGCUCAACUGGACGAAUCCAAGCGUACCGUGACGGACCUUAAACGGCAGAGUCGGCGCGUCGCCAACGACCUGCACGACGCCAGGGUGAUGACGGACAGUCUGCACAAUCGAACGCACCAACUGGAACGCAAACAACGACGCUUCGAUGGCGAGCUGGCGGCGGCGUUAGAGGACGCCGACAGCGAGCGAGAGUUGAAGGACAAAACCCUGCAGGAAAACACCGCGCUAAGGGUCCAGAUUUUCACGCUGCGCCGAAACCUGCAGGAGAGUCAGGCGGAGGCGUGCCGCCUGCAGAAGCAGAAAGACGAGUUGUGUAGUCAGAUUCGCGACCUCAGCGUGCAUCUGACCGCCGACUCGCUGCCCGAGCUGAAGAAACAAGUGCGCCACCUGGAGCGCGUGGCCGGCGAGACGGCGCAGGAAGUGGCCGAGCUGACCGCCAGAAUUGAACAGCAGCAGCAGGUUCACAUGCGUGUGGAAUUGGAGAUGGCCCGAGUGAAGCAGAUGCACCAAAAGGAGCUGGAGGACAAGGAAGAGGAGCUCGAGGACGUGCACAGGUCGUCCCAGCGGCGGCUAAGACAGCUGGAGAUGCAGCUGGAGCAAGAAUACGAGGAGAAGCAGAUAGUCAUCCACGAGAAGCGCGACCUGGAAGGUUUGGUCGCCACGCUGUGCGAACAGGUCGGCCACCGUGACUUUGACGUGGAGAAGAAGUUGAGGCGAGACCUGAAGAGGACUCACGCCCUGCUUGCCGACGCCCAGACCCUGCUGGACGCCGUCCACGGCGGACGACAAAUCGGGAGGAGCCCCGACGGCGGAAGCAAGGAGCAACUGGAAAGACUUCACUCUCAGUUGGAGGACAGCGAAUCACGGCGACGUGAGCUCGAGAGCGUCCAGACGACCUUGACCCAGGAGCUGGAAGAUGUUCAGAUUGAAUUGGAAAACAUCAGAAAGCAGAAGAGUUUGGUGGACGACGAGGUUUGCGUCCUCCAACGUGAGAAAGUCGAUCUGCUUAAACGUCUCGAAGAAGACCAGGAGGACCUCAACGAGCUCAUGAAGAAACACAAAGAUCUCAUUGCGCAGUCGUCCAGUGACAUCUGUCAGAUCCGAGAGUUGCAGGCGGAGCUUGAGGAGGUGAAGAAGCAGAGACACGCCCUCCAGGAGGAGCUCCAGCAGCAGGCCUCCAGGCUGCAGUUUCUGGAGUCGUCCACUGUGGGGCGCAGCAUUGUCAGCAAACAGGAAGCGCGUGUGUGCGACCUGGAGAACAAGCUGGAGUUCCAGAAAGGUCAAGUCAAAAGGUUUGAGGUGCUGGUGCUGCGCCUGCGUGACAGCGUGGUGCGUCUAGGGGAGGAGCUUGAGCAGAGUGCCCAAUCGGAGGCUCGCGAGCGUGAGAAUGCUCACUACUUCCAGCAGCGUCUUCAGGACGUGCGCGUGGAAAUGGACGAGCUGAGCCGGCGACAUCAGGACGGCGGCAGACGCCGCAUGGAGCUGGAAAUGCAGGUGGAGGAGCUGACGGCCAUCCGGCAGACGCUGCAGGCCGACCUGGAGACGUCCAUCCGCCGCAUCGUGGACCUGCAGGCCGCCCUGGAGGAGGUCGAGUCCAGCGACGACAGCGACACCGACACCGACAGGGAGUCCAGUGUCGGGACAGAGAACGUGGGCGAGGCCACACGCGGUUGGCGCGGGGCGGCCAGAGGAGGCUCGCCCAGCGGCAGCUUCCGCGGCCAGGGAGGGCGCCGAUCGGCGGCGGACUCCGGCAGCACGUAUAGUUUCCGCUCCCGCUCGGACCUGGAUGAGGACGACUCGGGCGCGGGGCGUACAGGAGGAGGACAAGGCCGGGCGGCAUCCUCUUCGGCACUGUCUGAGCUUCUGGAAGGACUUCGCAAGCGGCGAGCGGGUGGUGCCGCGGAUGCGGGCGGAGGCAGCAACGCAGACAGCACCGUGUCACUUCCUGUCUAUCAAACCACGGCGGCAUCUACCCUUCGGCGCCGGGCCUCGGCACUGUCUCUCACAGCGGACACGCUUCCGGAAGCUCGCCCAGGUAUUCUGAAGCCGUCCUCGCCCCUCCUGCCCCGUGCCGCCAGCGCUCGUUCCGUUAGCGACCCACUAACGACCGCGUCCUCUGCCACGCCGUCACGCUUUAACUCCUGCGACUCCCUGGCGUCGCUACCGUCGCUGCCCUGCCUUUCGUCUUUGGCAUCCUCCUUGCACGUUACCCGUCAGUGCCCACCAACCCGGCACCCCUCCGGCGAACACCCCCCUGCCCAAAAUCCCCCCUCCCUGGCCAUCCCGGAGGAGGGCUGGGAGGAACCUCAGCGCUCCCCGCAGGUACCGCGCCGUUGCACGCUGGAAGGUUUGCUCUCAGAGGACACGUCCGAGGGCCCCCUGGCGCCCGAGGGUGCAGUGUUCCAGAACCGGCGCCACCCGGGCGAGUCCAACACCACGUCCGCCAUCCUCCCCGCCAUCCGCAGAGCUCGGUCGGCCGGCAGUCUGGCCGGAUCUGUGCGGGGCGGCCGCCGAGCGCUUAGCGUCCAUUUUGGAGAGCUGCCGACCUCCACGCGGCACGGCGGGGUCUCUGACACUGAAUCAUCCGGGUCCGGAGGCUCGGCGGGAAGUUGUGAGUCGGCGCGGGCCCGGGGCCGCUCGGACCGGCCGCAGGGAGAACGGCUGGAAGCGGAGGGCAGUGAAGGCGGUGAGGGCGGAGAGGGCGGAGACGUGGCCACAGUCAUGAGGAAGUACCUCAACAAGGAAAGCCGCUGACCGCACAUUAGCAUGCAGUCGCCACACAAGCUAUGCGUUACUGUCAGAUGUUAGCCACGUUAACAAUGUUAGCUAUUAGUGUCAAAUUUAGUCCAAGUGCAACAGAUUCAUUUUCAUUUUUGUUUGCAAUAAAUGAGCAAAAUUUACACUUUC